UUUAAUACAGUGUUGUUCCACAUAUGACUUAAUAAUCAAUAAUAACAAUGUUUAAAAUAAUAAUGAUAAAAACCGAAACACUUUCUGUUCAUUUUUGUUGUAUUUAUGCACCGUAGGGCAUAACAUUAAGUUUAAAACUAAAAAAAUCUGGACUGUUACCACGAAUUUAACGUCCACGAUAAGGCGCCCAGACUGUGUUUUCGCACAUGCGUAGAACAGUUCAGGUGUCGGCGCUCGAGUAGUGACAGGUCAGUUUCAGAAGUGGAGAGCGCCUAGGCAACUAAAGUACCGUGAAGACAUGCGCGUGGCAGUGAUUGGAGCUGGAGUCAUUGGUCUGUCAACUGCUCAGAGCAUCUAUGAGCAGUACCAUCCAGUCAUCAGGCCGCUGAGCAUCGAGGUGUAUGCAGACCGCUUCACUCCGCUCACCACCAGCGAUGGAGCGGCUGGCUUUUGGCAGCCACACCUGGAUGACAAGGGCAAGAUCCAGGAAACUAAGUGGAAUAAAGAGACGUUUGACUACUUGCUGAGCUGCCUCAGUUCACCAGAGGGCAUGAAGAUGGGAAUAUUCCUUCAGUCUGGCUACAACCUGUGCACAGAACCAGUCCCAGAUCCCUCAUUUAAAGACACUGUCCUGGGCUACAGACAGCUCACAGAACAAGAGCUGCAGAUGUUUCCUGGAUACAAUUAUGGGUGGUUCAACACCACUCUCAUGGUGGAAGGUAAAACAUAUCUACCCUGGCUGACAGACUGGUUGCAGAAAAGGGCUGUUAAAUUUUAUCACAGAAGAGUAAAGUCGUUCCAGGAGCUGGCAGAAACUGGGGCAGACGUGGUCAUAAACUGCACUGGGGUGAGGUCAGGAGAACUCCAGCCUGACCCGGACCUCAAACCAGGCCGGGGGCAGAUAGUGAAGGUAGAUGCUCCGUGGUUGAAGCACUGGAUUAACACGCAUAAUUUUACUACAGGAUUUUGCAACUCGCCUUACAUCAUUCCAGGGAGUCGUCUCGUCACAGUCGGUGGGACGCUCCAGGUAGGAAACUGGAGCGAGCAGUGCAACUCCACCGACCACAGGAGAAUCUGGGAGGACGCCUGCCAGCUGGAGCCUAGUCUCAAGCAUGCCAGAAUAGUCGACUCCUGGGCUGGACUCAGACCCGUUCGCAGCAAAGUUCGACUGGAGCGGGAGACCAUACAAUGCGGUACAACUACACUAGAGGUGAUACACAACUACGGCCAUGGCAGUUUUGGGCUCACCAUCCACAGAGGCUGUGCCCAGGAGGCAGCGCGGCUUUUUGGACAGAUAGUGGAGCAGAAAGGAAAAGGUCCAACAGCUCGUCUGUAAGCUUGUUUUGGGCAGGA